UUUACUUUGAUUGAUACUGCAAAUGUUCAUCUUAAAGCUGAAUCACUUCAAUUACCCCUUCUUUUUGUUAACAGUAUGUCUAAUUUCUCGAGAUGGUUCUCUCGAUUACGUUCUUCGUGCAACUACUUCUGCUACCGCACUCUCCACACAACAAGGAAGCCAUGGUCAAGCUCUGUGCUCCCUCUCGCACUCGCUCUUUCUGCGGGUUCACUCGCACUUCAACCUCACCUCAAUCCUUCCUUCUGCGAUGCUCCUGAUAGAGAUGUGAGCUUUUGGGGCAAAGGUAGCACUCAUUACGUUGUUAAGGGAUCACAGAAAGGAGUUCCACGGGAGCUUCUUGAGGAGUUGAAGAUCGUCUGUCAGGAUAACAUAUCUCUUGAUUACGACGAGAGAUAUUUCCAUGGAAAACCACAGAACAGCUUUCACAAGGCUGUCAAUAUCCCAGAUGUGAUUGUUUAUCCAAGAUCUGAAGAGGAGGUCUCCAAGAUUGUUGAACUAUGUAACAAUCAUAAGGUUCCUAUUGUACCUUAUGGCGGAGCUACAUCAAUUGAGGGUCACACCUUAUCCCCUCAUGGAGGGGUUUGCAUUGACAUGUCAUUAAUGAAAAGAGUGAAAGCAUUACAUGUUGAGGACAUGGAUGUUGUUGUUGAGCCUGGAAUUGGAUGGAUGGAGCUUAAUGAAUAUUUGGAACCUUAUGGCCUAUUUUUUCCGCUUGAUCCAGGUCCUGGAGCAAGCAUUGGAGGCAUGUGUGCUACACGCUGCUCUGGUUCGUUAGCUGUGAGGUACGGAACUAUGCGCGACAAUGUCAUCAGUCUCAAGGUGGUUCUUGCCAAUGGAGAUAUUGUGAAGACUGCAUCUCGUGCUAGGAAGAGUGCUGCAGGGUAUGAUCUGACCCGCUUAAUGAUCGGAAGUGAAGGGACACUUGGUGUCAUAACUGAAGUAACACUGCGGCUUCAGAAAAUUCCCCAGUAUUCAGUGGUUGCAAUGUGCAAUUUCCCUUCUGUGAAGGAUGCAGCAAAUGUUGCUAUUGCCACCAUGAUGUCUGGUAUACAGGUGUCAAGGGUAGAGCUAUUGGAUGAAGUUCAAGUGAAAGCUAUCAAUAUUGCUAAUGGGAAGAAUUUGCCUGAAUGUCCAACUUUAAUGUUUGAAUUUAUAGGAACAGAGGCUUAUGCACGUGAACAAACGCAAAUUGUUCGGAAACUUGUUUCUAGGCACAAUGGCUCAGAUUUUGUAUUUGCUGAAGAACCUGAAGCGAAAAAAGAACUUUGGAAGAUAAGGAAGGAGGCACUUUGGGCGUGCUUUGCAAUGGAGCCUAAUCUGGAGGCAAUGAUAUCGGACGUUUGUGUUCCUUUAUCUCACCUUGCCAAUUUAAUUUCAAGAUCUAAAAAGGAGCUGGAUGCAUCACCACUAGUUUGCACAGUAAUUGCACAUGCUGGUGAUGGUAAUUUCCACACGGUUAUACUAUUUGAUCCUACUCAAGAAGAGCAGCGGCGGGAGGCAGAGAGACUCAAUGAAUUUAUGGUUCAUGCUGCCUUGUCAUUGGAAGGAACUUGUACGGGUGAACAUGGUGUUGGCACUGGGAAAAUGAAGUAUCUUGAGGAAGAACUCGGAGAGGAAGCAUUGAGGACAAUGAAAAAAAUAAAAGCAGUGCUAGAUCCCAACAAUAUCAUGAAUCCAGGAAAGCUCAUCCCUCCCCAUGUUUGUUUGUAGUGUUACCCUUACUCGACGAGGCAAGCAUGCAGUACAGCAGUCGUGGAUGAACACGGUUUCCUCAAAUUUACAAAAUCAACGCGUUGCGCGUUGCUGUUUCCAAAAUCCGGCCAUAUCUAUGGAAUCCACUUUUUACUGUUAUAGGGCAUGCUGCUCCCUGUAAUUUGUUCGUCAAAAUUGAAUGCUUAAGGUCAUUUCAUAGUUUCUGGCUUCUCACGCCUGAGCUAGUCCAUAUUAGAAACUUAAUUAUAUCCCCUUCUCAUUUUUAGAGAGUUUCAAGAUAUAAUGCAUUCUCAUAUAUCAGGAAUUUUCUUGCAGUCAUUAUACCCCUUUUCAUCAACAUAAUUUUCAUUUUUAACAGACUUAAAUAUGUUUUCCAUAUCUGAAAAAAUAGUUAAUUUUUGGUUCCUUUUUUAU